GUGGCUGUCCGCUGUUGACAGUGGUUAUCACUUCCUCAUAGUCUGCAAAGCGUGGAGGCUGCUCCGGGGAGCCGAUGGGUAAGAUAGCCUUUUUCCCCAGGCCCACCCUCCUCUGGCAUCCUGUUAGCUGGGUUCCCAGCCCUGGAGAGCUACCCUGCGCUUGAGGUGUGGUGGUUGGUUUGUCUGGGCGCCGUCCUGCCGGCUCGGGGAAUGCCUCCGUAGGGUUAGAUCUGAGUGCUGGUGAAGAUCGGCGCCUGCCCAGAGGAGCGAGGGGUGCUCCUUCUAGAACGUUUAUAGAUGGAUUUUUGACCUGGGCUACAGGAACAGGGUUUCUGUUAGCUUAUCAAUGGCCAAACAGCCUGCCACAUAGCUAUGUUUUUUUCUUGAGUCAGACUGAUCACUGUCUCUGUAGCUUCAGACAGCGUCUGCUUUGAAAUGAGGGCUUCAUCCUUUUGACGGGAAGCCCUGACACCAGCAGUCAAGGUAUCAUUUCCUAAAACUACCAUGAGAUCAUCUUUGGACAAACACAUCCAAGCUAUUGCAGGCGGCUCUUUAUUCUGAAAUUCAAAUAACGUGUCUCCUCUGCAUCUGUGAUUCUACCGUGUUCUGUUUCUUGUCUUAAAAACACUUUCGGUUUUUGCUGUUUGAAAUCUGCUUAUGUGGAAUCUACAUGGGAGAGGAUGGAAACAACAUCCAUUUGACAACUUCCUUGCUCAGUUUAAAGGGUUGUUUAACAUCGUGGGACAGCCAAGUGGGACUUUACAGGUGUUGCCAUGUGGGUGCAGAGCAUACUGAAUAGAGACACACGCAUACAGAGCACAGCAAAUACUAAAACUCCCUGUAUGUCUCCGAGUACUUCUCUCAGAGCGCACAGAAGCUGUCCUUCUACAGCUGGUAUGGGAACGCUAAGCUCUUCCACUUCCAUGUGCCAGAAGACACUGUGCUGCUUCGCUGGCUCCUGCAAGCAUCCCGGGGGAAAGGACCUGAGUGCACCAACAUGGAGAUCACAGUGUAUGCACUUUCGCUUCGGAGCCCCUCCUGUAAUUAAUCCACUGGGCACUCGUUUUCCUGCAAAUGCAACCGUCCGUCCUUCCUAUAACAUAAGCAUCACUCUGAGCAGCGCUGUGCAAAACACCACCUUUGUGAACAUCACCACCCCUGCUGCUGGAGACUGGUUCAUCGCUGCCCAUCUCCCUGAGGCUGCUGGCAGGAUUGAAGUGAAGGGUUUCUCCACUCCGUGCCCCUAUAUGUUCCAGGCAGAUAUGUUUGUGCUCAGACUCACUGAGAUGCCUGUUCUGGAGCCUGGUGUUGCUAUGCCACAAACCGUUGUCUCGCCUGCUAAGCCACUGCAUGUCAAGGUCUUCGUUCCCAAGCAUGCCGCAGGGAUGCGGUUUGAGCUGCGAAGCUGCGUGACAAGUGAGCAAAAAGCGUGCGCUGUGCGGGUAGUGCUGGGCUCCAUCACGCUGCCCCAGUCCUUCCAGAGGAUCAUCACCUGCGUGGGAAACGUAAACUGCAGCCUGGCCCUGGAUUCACCCCCCUGGGAGAAGUGGCUGCAGAUCAUGGUGGAGAGUCUCGGUGCUGCCAAUGCCAGUGUGUCGGUGGAGAUGCUGGCUUCCUUCACAGCUUGCAGACCGGGCAGUACCAGUUCAUUCCUUAACUUCAGCAGCCUAAACCAGAGCCAAGCUGGUCCCAGACCAGGUAGCACAGGAGCAGCAGGGAGCUCCGCUCUGCCUACAGGAGAGGCUUCACGCAAUGUGUCUGACCAGAGGGGCUUCUGUCUGCAGUACCAGCCUGUCGUUCGUGAGGACCUGGAUGUGGUGUCUGUGCGCUACAGGCUCUUGAAUGGUCCCAGUGUGCCUGUGCACUCCAUCUCCCCAACCCUCCUCCUCCUCAACCUAAACACUGGCAUGGACAGCGGGGGUUCCCUCGUGGUCAAUCUCCUGCUUAACAAGACGUCCGUGAGCCUGGCCAAUGCCACCGUGGUAGCGUGUGUGAGCGCAGCUUCGCCGGUGCUGUCCCUCAAUGCCACGCAGAACUGCAGCACAGCUUUUUUCCAGGGCUAUCCUCUGAGCAUGAGCACAUCCUCUGCAGAAGCGAUGCUGAUUGUCCUGUACCCGCAGACGGAUGACUGGUUCCUCUCCCUGCAGCUCAUCUGCCCAAAGGGCCAGGGUGAAUGUAACGCCGCAGAAGCCAAAGUGACCGUCUUCGCAUACCUCACCCCCUGCUUCAAUGACUGUGGGCCAUAUGGACAAUGCAGCCUCCUGAGAAGACAUGGCUACCUCUAUGCUGGCUGCAGCUGCAAGGCUGGUUGGGGCGGGUGGAGCUGCACGGACGAUACCAAGGCCCAGUCUGUCGGUGCACAGAACCUGGCCACCCUCCUGCUCACCCUGAGCAACCUCAUGUUCCUGCCGGCAAUAGCGGUUGCUGUUUAUCGCUACUACCUGGUGGAGGCCUCCGUCUACACCUACACCAUGUUCUUCUCCACGUUCUACCACGCGUGUGACCAGCCAGGCGUCGCAGUGAUGUGCAUCAUGGACUACGAUACACUACAGUACUGUGACUUUUUGGGCUCCGUGGUGUCCAUCUGGGUGACGAUCCUGUGCAUGUCCAGGGUGAAGAAGAUCCUGAAAUACGUCCUUUUCGUCUUGGGGACCCUGUUAAUUGCCAUGUCCCUGCAGCUGGACCGCAGAGGGGUGUGGAACAUGAUGGGUCCCUGCCUCUUUGCCCUCGUCAUCAUGAUUGCAGCGUGGGUUUACCACGGAGUGAAGCGCAGACACUGCUACCCCUCCUCGUGGAAGCGCUGGGUUUUCUACCUCCUCCCAGGGAUCACCUUGGCUUUCAUCGCCAUCUCAGUAUAUGCAUUCAUGGAAACCAAUGAGAACUAUUACUACACCCACAGCACCUGGCACGUGCUGGUGGCUUGCAGCGUUGCUUUCCUGCUUCCUCCUCGGGACAAGCAUAAGAAGCCCUGGGCCUGGUCACAGAAGCUCACUUGUCGCUAUCAGAUCUGCCAGAACGACCGUGAGGAGCUCUAUGCUGUGACCUGAACUGCUUGGCUCCCAGUCGCAGAGGUGGAGGAGGGCUGGUGAGGUUGCUUUUCGACUGGGCUGCUGCUCUCCCACACAUCAGCGAUCCUCUUACGUGCUCGUUCACUGGAGGGUGCAGUAUGGACCGGGUUUAAAGAUGAAGAUGGUGGACUUGUCUUGUGAAGGCAAGUUUGAGGCCACCUCUGCUUUUCUGCUGGGAUGGGGCAGGCUCUUUGUGGUUCUAGAUCAAGGAAUAGCCUGUCCCCCACCUCCCCAUGGCCCUGGGGGAAAUCACCAACCCUUCUUCCCCUCCUGCUGCGUCCAUGAGGCUUGGGCUUAGCCCACACUGAGCUGGACCCAGGGCUUUGGCUGCUGGGUUCUUCUCUGCACCCCCUGUCCUAGCAGAGGACUGUAGGACAGGGAUUUCCCCUGCCAUCCUGCAAUCAGCAUUUGAACCCAAGAGAAGAACGGGUUUCUUCUGAUCUGGGGGGCAAAUGCUGCCGCGUGCCCUUGGUGCUGAUGGGGAGGGAGGGAGCUGAUCUCGGUGUGUGCCGGGCCCUUGGCCACCGUCUCCACAGGGGUCUGGAGCCUCUCUCCCCAUGAAACAGGCGGUGCUGCUCUUACCUAGUCCUGAUUCUGAGGAGGGAAGAACAAGGCCAGGACUUGGUCCCUGGAUUCAGGAUCAGACUUGGCAGGAAUGUGAAAAAACCCCAUGCAGGGACAUGCAAGAGGCAUCAACAGCAUCUCGCCCAGAGCUGUGAAACCUGCAGCAGUGCAGGGUUUAGUCCAAGUUUAACUUUAGCCCUCUUAGCUCAUCUAGAAGGAGCCAGGCUGCUGCACUGUCCCCUUCCUCUCUUGAUGUUCAGGUAUUCACUGUCUUCCUCACUGUCUUCCUCCCCUCUGUGGGUUUGGCGUGUGCGCAGCUCUGCCUGGGGCAGCGUAGGUGGUCCGGGAUGGUGUCUGAGCUGUGCACCCCCUGCUCCUCCAGCCUGCUGUGCCUCGGAGGCUGGAUUUGCUGCGGAGUCACGGCCGAUCUGAGGCUACUGGCAGCGUCCCACCCCAGCCAGGAGCAUCGCCAUGGGCUCCCCGGGUGGCUACGGUCUCCUUUGCAGCAUCUGUCUCACCUUAGCCUUACUAUAGGGCGUGCAGGCAUCAGAAAGCAAGGGCAGAAACUUGGCAACCGGGAAAGUUGUUUUUGCCCAUCCUUAUUCUAUAGAUAAGGGCUCAAAUACAUCGUUCCUUGCUGGUUUAUUCCAGCUGUGGUCGGUCUGGUGUGUGCUGCUGGGAGCCGCUCCUCACGUGGCUUUGAGGAGGAAAGAGCUAUUAAUGAAGGAUUUGCCUCGGGGUUAUUUCUUUGCUUUGGAGAGCGCCCAGCCUUCUGCUCAGCUCUGCACUUUAUCCCUCUGCCUCCCCUUCCUCUGCAAACUCUGACUUUUUAAGCGGACGCAGGACGAGCGAAGGGCACUCGCCUGCACCCAGCGGUGUCGUCCCCACGUCCCCCGCCUUUCCUUUUGCUGCUGCCAUCCACGACAGCACGGCGGGAGCGGGGGGGAACGUGGGGCCCUCAGGGUUUCCUCCAACUUUUAUCGCUUUUAGGCACUUUUUUUCCCCCCCCCUCCCCAUCUCAGUUUGCACAGCGGCGUUGCAGCCCCGGCGCUGAGGCAGGCACCCGCCGCUCCUUCACAGCCGUGCCGUCCCUGCCAGGCCGCCCGUCCGGCCCGGGUGCUGCCGGUUACCAGAGAAAGCAAUAAUUCCUCGUCCGGCCUUUUCUUUCGGGGCUUCUACGCCUCGAAGCGGAAGCUUUGGGGUGAGAGAUCCUGCUAA